AAAAUCAAUCCUAAUUCUAAUUGCUUUAGAAAUUUUUGCUUUUGUUGCCAGCAUUUAAAUGCAUCAGAAAGUGUUAUUCAUUGUUUUGCACCGGAUAUAGCUUGCAGUAUGGGCUGGUAUGGGAUGCGUAAUGCGCAGAGAAGAGCAGGGCGCAGAGCAGACUUCAGGCGCAGCUCCAGGCUUCAUUUGCACGGCUGUUUCUCAACAAACAAAAUAGCUUGAUAAUGGUGAGUCAUUCCGAUUAAACAUGAAUUAUUCAUUAAUCUUUUCAAAUUAGGAACUGCGACAUAGUGUAAACGGACCAUUGGAGACGAGGAUAAACGUGGACCUAAUCUUUGUUUCCAUACUAGAAUGUUCAUGGUUCUACUUUUAUUACUUGGGUCUACUUUAAUUUCUUGCAGGAGCCUCAUUUCAUUCGAAAUGUUUGUUGUAUUUUCUGUGUCCAACAUUACAUUCUUAUGUCCUAUGAUGGCUUGUCUUGUGCCUCGCGCGGCUCUUAAUUCGUACGAGAUCUCGCAGGCUACCUCGCAUCCCGGGCCUUAUAAGGUUAAGACAAGAACCAUAUCUCCCAAACCUCAGUCUCACUCCGACGGGGUGUCUCACGCGGAUGUGAAAGAAGAGGCUGCUCUUCUGGCCAGUGCUUCAGAAACUAGGUCUUUGUGCUCACCUCAGUCCGUGGGUUCCCCGACGCUACUUCCAUCCACGCGUAAGAACCAGUGUGCCAACUGCGGCACAGUGAUCCAAGACAGAUAUCUUUUAAAGGUGAACAAUUUGAAUUGGCACGUGGGUUGCCUGGAGUGUUCUGUCUGCAGGACGUCAUUACGUCAGCACAGCAGCUGCUUCAUAAAAAACAAAGAAAUAUUUUGCAAAUUGGAUUAUUUCAGUAGGUUUGGCAGCAAGUGUGGGCAGUGUGGGCGUCAGGUGCAUGCCAGUGACUGGGUGCGGCGGGCGCGCGGCAGUGUUUACCACUUGGCCUGCUUUGCUUGCUACUCCUGUAAGAGACAACUGUCCACCGGGGAGGAGUUUGGUCUGGUGGAAGGCAGGGUGCUUUGUCGAGCCCACUACGACACCAUGGUGGAAAACCUCCAGAGAGCUGCCGAGAACGGGACCGGCCUCACUUUAGAAGGAGCCUUACCAUGUGAUCAGGACGGUCAACCCAAACCGGCCAAGAGAGCACGCACCUCCUUUAACGCUGAGCAACUACAGGUGAUGCAGUCUCAAUUUAACCAAGACAACAAUCCGGAUGCCCAAGCCUUACAGAAGCUGGCAGACAUGACGGGACUGAGCAGGAGGGUCAUACAAGUUUGGUUUCAAAACUGCAGAGCGAGACAUAAAAAGCACCCUCCAGCCCAGCACAACGGUUUGCUCCAGGGUGCCCCACUCCAGGGUGUCCCACACCCCCACUCCAGAAUCCCUCCCUCACUGACAGACAACCUCUACUCCCCCUUCAGCAGCCCUGACAGACAGCACAUGCUGUCUCUGCAUGGAUACAUAGACAGUCAUCCCUUUUCAAUGUUGUCUGCCCCCAAUGGCCUCGCCCACCCAGGGAUGGCCGUACCACAGUUACCCAUCAGCCGCUAACAAACGCCCCGAGACCACUUACACCACAAGCCUUGUCUCUUGUGGAACUGUUCACCCUGAAACUGGGAGAACAAUACAAAAUGUGUCUAUUCUGAUCGUAACAAAAGGACUGCUGCGCUUUCCGUCGUCUACAAAACUGGAGAUGUCCCAUUGUCACGGACGGAAUGUUUUAGAACGGCAGCAAGACUUUACAUCUUCAGUGGAAAUACACCCCAGUCCAGUCUAAAUGUGGUCCUCAGGGCCAGAUUAGACUACUCAUCCACUGACAGGGAACAUGUUGGAUCCUCAAGACCUGGAAGGAAAAGCAGACACAUCCAACAGGAACACAUUUUAAUUGCAUUGUGGAUCAUGGUUUUUCGUCAUCUUUUUAUGCAUCAAUUUAAAUAUUGAAGGUAUUUAAUGUUUAAAUUCCCAUUGUUUUAUUUACAUUUUUCUUUGUCACUCUUACUUAUUGUUUUGCUGUACAAUGCUUCCCAUGCUUUAACUACAUAUAUCUGUGUGAGAAAGAAGACUCUGAAGUCGUGUAAUGUGUAGUUACUUGCUUGUUUCGGUUUAAAACACAAAGCUUAUUGUGUCCUUUAUUUAUUAAAAAAGAUCAUUCCCAGAGAAGCACUUUUUAAAAUGUUUUCAGUUGA